GAUGCUGCAGGCCCGCCCACAUUCAUGCGCAACUGCGCAACUGCGCAGCAGCGCUGAUCCUGAAAGUGGCGCUUCUCAAGACCUGCGGAUGGUCCAGUGACGUAAAGAUCUGUGGAAAGUGAGCGGCUUUUCCGGGGGAGUCAAACCGAGUUGUUUUGUCUCGCUAAAGAGAAGAUGCUCCAAUCUGCGGGACGCAUGAUGUGAAAUCAGUUCUGCCGCCAAAGAGGUCUCCACCAAUUAAUGCUUAGCGCUUUAACCCAGAACGCGAUCGCUGCCGGUGAGAGGCUCAUGUUGCCCCCCAGGUGUUUUUUACGCGCAGCCGCUGCACGCUAGUGAAGAAGAGAAAGCAUAACGGGGCCACAGACGGAGGAUGGUGGCGGAGAUGGCCAGCUGCGGUGCGGCUUGCCACCUCGAGGAUGGAGACGGCGAUAUCCCCGCACCUGAGAACAAAGAUAAUCUGGCAGAAAAUGACAGCAGCAGUUCAGAAAACACAGGAACAUCCACCGACGAGAGCUCAGAGGACGAAGAGGACGAUUCAGAGGAGGAUGAGGCUUAUGGAGGCACUGAGAGGGAUGGAGAAGAGGAAGAGAAUGAAGAGGCCCAUGCAGAAGACUCUAUAAACAAGCCAGGUGCUGGAACCGAAGCAGGGGUGUUAAAUGGAAAAGAUGAGAGGCCCUUCAAGUCAUGCUGUGAAAGAUGCAAAGCCGUCCAACAGAGCCACGGCAGUGAGCUGGUUACCCCGAAGAGACUGUCCAAGGGCCGGUUGCAGGUGCAGCUAGAAGGAGAGGGCACAUAUGAGUGUUCGGUCACUGGUCUGGUUUUUGAAGCGUCCGAGCCCGUUCUUGUGCGGUACUCUGUCUUAUCCUGGUCCAAGUUUGGCGCCUUUCUGCAUGACUCCUGGAAAUUUGCUGGACCCAUCUUCAAUGUGGACACGGUCAAUAAGGAUGCGUCUGUCCUCAAGUCCAUCCAGUUCCCACACUCCAUCUGCCUUGCUCAUACUGACGAUGACAUGACAUUCAGUGUCCUGCACAUAAAGGGCAACCGUCCAGUCAUCGAGCCUACGGUGGAUCACUCAGGGAGCCACGUUAAGUGGAAUGUGACGUCCCUAUCGCCCGUUGGUCCCAUCAUUCAGACGAGCCAGGCUGUAGAGCACCACGGGGUGGUUCUGGUCUACAAGCAGCUCACCACUGACAACAACAGCUACAGCUUCCACGUUUAUCUGGGCACAAACAGUGCAUCUGACAUCAAGGAUAUAAAGAAUCAGGUGCGGGGCUACAAGACUCGCUACAUUAACAUAGAAAAGCCUCCCACGUGCAAGCUGGACGAGGGAACGUAUCGUCUCCUGAGCGAGCCGGAGGGAGAGAUCAAACCUCAGGAACUGAAAUUCACCCUUGCAGUCACUAAGAUGAAGGGCUACUUUGAGGCUUUCUUUGAGCAGCACCCUCCAUUUAAAUUGUCUCUCAUAGAGAUUAACACUGAGGAGACUGUAUGGUCUGCUACCAUCAGAGAAGGUGACUGUGUGGAUAACACUGAGAGGAAGCCGAGGAAAAGGACAAACAGCAGACAGAGAAGCAGCAGCCCCUCAGAAGACGAAAUAGCCUUUAAAAAAACUCGAAUGCAAGACGAGCCAGAUGGAGUGAAAACAGCAGUCACUCAGGGCCAGGACAUGUCAGAGAAGCAGCUGCUGCAGGUGGCCAAGCAGCUCGGGAAGGAGUGGAAACAGGUGGGUAUCCUUCUAGGUGUUACCGUCAAUGAUCUGGAUAAUAUCCAGACAGCAGAGACAGAUGUGACCAUGCAGAAGCUGAAGAUGCUGCUGAGGUGGAAGAACAGAAAAUCCGGGGAAGCCACAGCUAGACACCUUUUGGAAAGUGUGAAGGAGCUGGAUGACUUGCCAAAUGAGGUUCAUCAGACAUUACAAGAUAUGAUGGGCAACGAAGCAGUAAAGUGAAGGGAAAAUAAAUUUCAUUAGACUCUUGGAUAUCUGACGCUCCAUCAGUGGGAAGAAACGAUCUCAGGACGGGAUCUCAGGAACACAGCAGAGCAGAGUUAACGUCUCCCUUCAGUUUGCAUUUCUCUCUUGAAUAUUUUCUAGAUAUGAAACUGAUUCGUUUAUAGUUCUGCAUUUCAUAAAAAGGAAUCAUUUCCCUUUGUUUCCCUUCUUUAGUUCAGCUGUGGUUCUUGGGUUCUGUGGUUUGUACAGAACCGACUGUGCUGUAUCUAAGGAUACACAAAUGAAUGAGCUUACCUUUAUUUUUAACCAGGUUAAAAAAUGACCAGCAGAGGUGUAGAGGUCAUUGAGAUGUUUAGUAGCUAAUUAUGUAGCCAGUAACAGAUGUAAAUGUUAGGUGCUGCAGUGUUGAAACUGCAAAAGAAAUCUGGAAAAAUCCAUCCAUUUGUGUGUGUUCUUUCACUUUUGCAUGUUGGGCUUGUGGGAAUUUUUAUAAAACAAUUAGGCAUUAUAUCACGUGGACGUGAAAAUGACUGUCCACAGAAUUACAGACUGAACUAUGAAACUUUUGUGUUUUUAUAAACUUGUCCGCACUAUUUCCUGUAAAUAGAUUCCAUUUCUUUGUCGCUCAUGUUUUUUUAAAAGCCAGUUGUGUCUGUUUUUGUCUACUUGUUCUUUAUUUGAUGCGAUAACCGUGACUCUGUAAAACAACUGUGCAAGAAGACCAGAAAAUGAUGCUGAUUAUGUUUAACUGGGAAUUACUUCCUGCCCUCCGGAGGCUUGAAUGCAUUUCUUCUGUUUUUUUUUUUUUUGUUUUUUUCCCAAAUGUUUUUUUCCCAAAUCUUUAUGAAAAACAAAAAUGCAGCAUGUUUGGAUUCAGGGAUGAAUUUAGGUGUUUUACCUGUGUGAGUGCAGCUAAAACCAAGCAAUGUAUAUUUUUAAUUCAGUUUUUUGAGGAUUAUUUCGCAGAUGUAGGCCUCAGGUACGAUUAAGUACUAUAAAAUCAGCAGGAACAGCUGUGGAAAUCUUUCAGGUACCAAUUGCAAAUGUUUGUGUCAACAUUAUUUGAGAAAACCACAAUGUUUACAUUCAGAGAAAAGGGUUGUUUCCUUAAAAGAAAAAUACCACCAACAGUCCAAUUUAUCCCUGUUCCAAAUCUGUUUUUGUUGUUGUUGUUGUUGUUGUUUUCCAUUUCUUUUUAAAUCAUGUCAGAAUCUCUCCAAAGACUUUUCAUAAAACAAGUGAAAUUACUGUUUGUUUCAUCAUUUUAAGGAAAGUGAUCCAGAUUCACACCAAAACAGAAUAGUUCCUGCUUUUGAUCAUGUCUCACCAAGUUUUGGGAAAUUCAGCAGCUUAGUUUUUUAUGUCAUAUUAUUAGAAAGUCCACAAAAAAGGUCCAAAGUAAAAAUAAAAGGGAAAAAAUCAGAUCAAGAAGAACUGAAUACUGUGAAAAACAAAAUCAGCUGUCCUUUAAGGGUAGGAUUCGAGCUCGCGACCAAAAUCAAAGUUAAGAUUGUUCAGGUGUUCCCUUCAUUUUUUUUUUUUUGUGUAUAUUUUGGCAGAAGAGAUGAAAUAAAGAAGCGCUGAAGGAAACAA